CCCAAACUCGUCGCUGAUAACGCUGUUUCCGAUAAAAGUUCAGGAAACCGCCCACUAUCCAUCGCCAGCACCCCCACAAUCGUGCUCAAGCGCAAGAAUAACGCGAGUUAGCCCCCCAGAGUUGCCAAUCACGCCCCUCGUCACUCAACAUGUCCUCAUCCGAGGGAUUCGCCUCCUCUAGCGAUCAACUCGUGAUCGAUCCCGCUCACACAAAUCCGAGCGAGGAUUCUGCGGUCUUUGCGGCCCUCGCCAACGGUGUUGCGGAAGACGAUGGCCACUCCACGCUGCAGGCUGCCAUAGUAGCCUCUCUCACGGCUCAUCAGCACAAUGAUCCUCAAGGGCAAGUGACAUUCGGUGACGAACACUCCGAUCACCCUACGUUCGACCCUUACGCGUCUGCCAAUGCCCAAGCGGGUCCCUCUUCUCUUCCCGCGUCCGCCUCUACACCCACAGACGCGCCCGCUUCAUCAUCGAACGCGCCUCCUCCCCCUCCCGCAACGUCAGCCGGUAUCUCUACCAAUGCCGAAGGUCAUCUGGUCCACGACCCUCCCCCCGCAGGGCCUUGGCCCACUCGCGACGAAGCUCACGGCGCCGUCCGCGAAUACGCCCUUACCCACAAUUUCGAUGUCAACGUCACGCACUCUGACGUAUAUCGCCGCGUCCUCACCCUGGGGUGUGUCAAAGGCGGAACCUACAGAUGCACCCGAGGUCCGGCACACGAGCAAGUUAGGCAGAGAGGAAAGAGAACGGGCAAGACGGGGUGUAUGUGGAGGGUGACGCUGAGAGAUGAGGUCUUCAAGGCGAACGGGUCGCCGCAGGAAGGGCAGGAGGUUGAGGGAAGGUGGAACUUUUCUAGCUUGACGGACCUUGUCAACGAACACAACCACCCUCCGAUAACCCCUAGCGAGAACCCCAAGGCGCGACACCGUACGAUCACGCUCGAGAUCAAAGAGUUUGUGUACAUGGAGGUCGACCAGGGGACGCCAACGAGGCAGAUCUGGGGCAAGGUCCAGAAGGCAUUUCCGGAUUGUCUCGCGAAUUUGGUAGACAUCAAAAAUAUAGUGGGAAGGAGGAAGAAGGAUCUGCCGACGGUUUGAGCGGUUUACAUUCGCCUAUGGACUUGAUAGGAGUAGGAGGAUCAGGUUGGAUGUCUGUACUUAUGUAAUUGUGUUCAAAGCCAUUACGCAUACUGAUGUGGGUCAAUCAGGUAGCCAGAUAUGCAUGGCUGUCAAGUCACUAGUCAGUAUUGACCUCAUUCCUCGUAUGAAGCCAGUG